AUGUUUGCCGAUAUCCAACCUUCACUUACAUCGCUUGGUUCUAUCAUCGAGAACAACAAGAAUACCUUGACCGCUCCCGAGCUCCCUAAUCUUUACCCUAUCUACAAGUACGUCACUGUAGAUGACCUUAACACGCACCAGGCUUACCUUAAGUUGGCCAAGUUGAACGAUCCCAAAAGAACGCCUUCGUUCAUCUUGGAAUCUGCUCCAAACGGUGACACUGUAGAAAGAUACACAUUCAUUGGCUACAACCCUCGUAAGAUCAUCAAGACUGGUGACGUCGAGGGCAAGUAUGCCCCAGGGUAUGUCGACGUAGACCCAAUCACCAUCUUAGAGAAGGAGUUGAGCAGCUACAGACAAGCUCAAUUGCCCGGUAUCCCCAAGCUCAGUGGUGGAGCCAUCGGAUACAUCUCUUAUGACUGUAUUAAGUACUUUGAACCAAAGACUAAGAGAGACUUGAGAGAUACCUUACAGUUGCCUGAAGCUGUGUUGAUGAUGUGUGACUUAAUUGUUGCCUUUGACAAUGUCUUCCAGAGAAUCCAAAUCAUAAAUAACAUCCACGUUGACGAGUCCACUAACGCUGAAGAGCUUUCAGCAAGGUUCGAGAAGGCACAAGCCGAGAUUGUCGAAGUGGAGCGUAUUCUUAAGUCAGAUGCUGACGCCUCUACCAUAACACCAAUUCAACCACCUAUCAAGCCAAACCAGAGUUUCACUUCUAACAUUGGGCAAAAGGGUUACGAAUCACACGUUACCAACUUGAAGGCGCAUAUUUUGAAGGGUGACAUCAUUCAAGCUGUUCCAUCACAGAGGAUUGCAAGGCCAACGAGCUUGCACCCAUUCAAUAUCUAUAGACAUUUAAGAUCCGUCAACCCAUCUCCAUACUUGUUCUACAUAGAUUUGGUUGAUUUCCAAAUCAUUGGAGCUUCUCCAGAGUUAUUAGUCAAGAGUGAUGACCAAGGAAAGAUCAUUACUCACCCAAUUGCUGGAACUAUCAAGAGAGGUGCUACGUAUGAAGAGGAUCAGGCAAAUGCAGACAUUUUACGUUCCUCGUUGAAGGACCGUGCUGAGCAUAUAAUGUUGGUGGACUUGGCUCGUAAUGACGUCAACAGAGUAUGCGAACCAACCUCCAACAGCGUUGACAGAUUAUUGACCAUUCAAAGAUUCUCUCAUGUGAUGCACUUGGUCAGUGAGGUAUCAGGAACCUUAAGACCGGAUAUGACUAGAUUCGAUGCGUUUAGAUCCAUCUUCCCCGCCGGAACUGUGAGUGGAGCACCCAAGGUGAGAGCCAUGGAAUUAAUUGGAGAGUUAGAGAACGAUAAAAGAGGUGUUUACGCCGGGGCAGUAGGACACUGGUCCUAUGAUGGUAAGACCAUGGAUACUUGCAUUGCGUUGAGAACGAUGGUCUUCAGAGAUGGUGUUGCUUACUUACAAGCCGGAGGGGGGAUAGUGUUCGACUCGGACCCAUACGACGAAUACAUUGAAACGAUGAACAAGAUGAAGUCCAAUAACGAAACAAUUGUCCAAGCAGAAAAGGUUUGGAUAGAAAAGGUUGGUGUUGCCAAGGACUAA